AUGGCACCGCGCAGUAGGCGGAGCGCGGCCGCCGCGGCAGAAGUGGUUGAAGAAGAAGAGCAAGAGCUGGAACAGGAGGAGGAAGUCCACGAUGGGCUGAAGAAGCUCAAGUUCAAGCAACCGCUCGUUGGCCGGCCUGGCAAGCAGAUUGGCGUGAGCGACCUCUUGACGCGACUCAAGGCACUGCUCGAUGAACUGCGGACAAUUGAUCAGGAAGAGGCGCAUAGGGAUUCCCUCAUGCCGGUCGCAGAGUCACUGGCCCAUCAGAGUCUUUUACAACACAAGGACAAUGGCGUGCGCGCGUGGACCGUCUGCUGCAUUGUCGACAUGCUGAAGCUUUUUGCGCCGGAUGCGCCCUACCCUGCAUCUAAGCUCAGAGAAAUCUUCUCAGUCAUCAUCCUCAAGCUGCUGCCGCUCCUCGCAGACCCCACCCACCCAUACAAUAGCCAGCACAUGUACAUCCUCCGAUCGCUCGCCGAAUGGAAGAGUAUUCUGCUCAUCAACGAGAUUCCGGGCUCCGAUCAGCUCACUGCGGCACUCUUCACAACCUGUUUCGAUGUCUUAUCUGGAUCAUCUAAGGGAGAAGAACUGAGCAAGAAUAUCGAACACAACAUGACCGAAAUUCUUUCUACUAUAAUAGACGAAGCACCAGCAGUCACGCAUGAUGUUGUGGAUGUCGUUGUAGCACAAUUCCUGUGGGCAGACCCCAUUACACUGGGCACUUCAGGCAAGGGCAAAAAGAGUGUGCAGAUCGACGCAAAGCAGUCAACGCUACGUCGCAAAGAGGCACCGCCUGCUUACAAUAUGGCCAAGAACGUCUGCAAUUCCUUCCCAGAGAAGAUGGCUCGACUCAUUGGCAACUACUUCAGUUCAGUCAUCGUAGACUUCACCAACUCUGGAACUACAUACAAAGGCCACUCCAAGGACGAUGAUGACGACCUUCCUCGCGGUCCCUCAGAAGACGACAUCGACGAGGCACACAAAGCACAUAGAUUGUUGCGCGAGCUGUGGAAGUGCUGCCCCGGCGUACUUCAAGAGAUUGUCCCACAUUUACAGGAUGAGCUAGCCACAGAGAAUGUACAGCUUCGUCAGCUUGCGACGGAAACAUUCGGCGACAUGAUCUCAGGCAUUGGCGCAGCUGGUCCACCACCUCCACCCGACAUGGACCCAGUGGCCUAUCCUUCACAAAGCCUAUCACGCUCUGACUCAGCACGACCGUUUGACUAUCUUACCACACCAGUGUCCAUCAACUCGUUUCCCACGCAAUAUCCUGUGGCGUAUCACUCUUUUCUUCAGCGCAAGAACGACAAGUCCGCCAUCAUUCGCGCCGCAUGGACUACCGGCAUCGGUCGCAUACUGAUGACGUCAGCUGGUGGCAUUGGGCUUGACCUCGAAGAAGAACAGAAGCUGCUCAAGUACUUUGGUGAGUGCUUGAUCGACAGCGACGAGAAGGUGCGGCUAGCGGCUGUGAAAGCGGUUGCGCAUUUUGAAUUUAACGACAUCGUCCGUAAACUCGGCAGCAACGGUGGCAUGGCAGAACCAGGGUCUAUUCUCUCCAAUCUUGCCGAUCGUGUAAAGGACAAGAAGAAUGUCAUUCAUUCUGAGUCUAUGAGACUUCUUGGCAAGAUAUGGGGUGUGGCUGCUGGUGCCAUUGCAGAGGGGGAUGACAGCAUCAAGGCCCUGCUUGGCCCAAUCCCGUCUCGCAUUCUCGAAGCCUGCUACGUGAACGACCUCGAAAUCAACGUACAGGUCGAUCUCGCGCUAUACGACUCCUUGCUUCCGCUCGCGUAUCCUCCUAUGAAAGCGAGAGCACCGCCCGCCGGAAACUCACAAGUCGUAAAAGAUAGCCAGACAAAUACCGAACAGGGAUACACCGAAGCCGAUCUAGACAAGAUACGAACUGAAAGACAGCUUGUACUCGUGAACGGGUUGGAAGAAAAGGCAAAGAAAGUCUUCUUCGCGAAACAAGGAAACCAGGGCCCUGGUGCCAGGUACAUGGAGCACUUCUUGAAGUUAUGUGAAGACUACAACGGUGGCAUCACUGACAAGGGUGAGAAGGACGUCAAGACGAAUCUAGAAGGCCUCAUCACCUAUUACGCAAAGACUCUCCCCGAUCCAACCCGUGUCAGAGACGAUUUGUGGAAAUUUGCCAAAGCCCACGAUCGCCGAGCCUACACUCUCAUACGGUUCUGCAUGGACCCAGCGAGUGACUACCGCAGAGUUUUCAGGUCCAUCAAAGAGCUUCGAAAGAGGAUUGAAGACGGGCCAGGUUCUUCACUGCUCGACACCUUGACCCCACUCCUCUACCGCGUCAGUUUACUGUGUUACAAUAAGAGUCACGUGCCAGCUGUCAUCGAGUACACUCGUACCGAUGACAAAGGCCUUGGUGCCACUGCUCACGAGCUGCUGAAAGAGAUUUCCACAAAGCAUCCUAAGGUCUUCUCAACACACGUAAAGGAUCUCUGUAAGACUCUUGAAAGUGAGGCACCUACGGCAACGAAACCCAACCCUCCCGGUGCGGUAGAUGAUCUCAAGGCCUGUGCUGCAUUUGCAAAGAAGUUUCCUACAGACAUACCAAUGAACGGCAAAGACAGCCGAAAAUUGGUACAGAGCUUCUUGAACUUUGCGUUCUAUGGCAGCCCUCCGCAGGCAGCAAAGCAUGCGAUCACUAUAAUCAUAAACAGCGACGACAAGAAGGAGAUGCACGCAAAGGAGAUCCUUACCAAGAGCAUCAAGAGCUUCCAGUACGAUGGUGCUCACUGGCUUACAAAGCUGGCUGCGCUUAGUCAACUGGUCUUACUGGCCCAGUCAGAUUGCGAGGAUGAUAUGGAUGCCAUCGUUGAGAUUGCCAUAAAAGAGGUUCUUCAAAAACCGCAUGCAGCGACUGCUGAUGCAGAUGCAGAGUGGAUGGAGGUACCAGAUAACGACAUCCAAGGAAGAUCCUGGGCAGUCAAGAUUCUCGUCAACCGCUUGCGCUCCCUACCAUCUGAUGCCAAUUUCACUGAUGCUGCAGAAGACACAUACAAGCUGCUGAAUCGCUAUGUGAAAAACAAUGGCGAGGGGUCAGCAGACGACAGCACUCCCGCAGGACACAAAUCUCGUCAGCGGCUUCUUGCUGCCAAUUCCUUACUCAAGCUCUCAUGCAACAAGCGCCUCGACGCUUUCUUGAGCCCCGCCGAUUUCAUACAACUAGCCCUGGUCACACAUGACCCCUGUACGCAGGUGCGUAAGGGUUUUGCUGAUAAGCUGAUGAAGUACCUCGGUCAGGGUCGAUUGCCACCCCGGUUCUACACUAUCUUGUUCUUCCUUGCACACGAGCCUGAGAAGACCAUCAAGAAUAGCACCAUGACCUGGAUUCGCGCACGCCGCGCUGCUUUCGCUGCGCGUAAGGAGACCAUACUAGAGACUGUAUUUGCUCGUUUAUUAAGCUUGCUUGCUCACCACCCAGACUUCGAUACAGAAGACGAGACACUGAAGCUAAUGUCAGAGUACAUCCUGUACUACCUGAAAUGUGUGGCCACCGAGGAGAACCUGUCACUUAUCUUCCAUGUCGCUCAGCGCGUCAAGGGUGUUGCGGACGGUAUUGCGCCAUCACGCCAAGCCGACGAGAAUCUGUAUAUCUUGUCAGAUCUAGCGCAGGCUCUCAUCCGUUCGUGGGAAGAGCAAAACAACUGGACAAUGCAGUCAUGGCCUGGAAAAAUGAAGUUGCCUUCCGGUAUCUUCCGGCCUCUGGAAAGUCACGAUCGGGCACAAGAGAUCGCUAAGAAGACGUGGAUUGGGGAAGACCUCGUCGACGAACUCGAUCCACUUGUGCGAAAAGCUAUCCGAAGCAAGAAGCGCAAGGCAUCGGAUGGUGUGGAAAAGCCACGCAAGAAGACCAAGGGCGACAGGCCGAUUAAGGAGAAGAAGGCUAAGACAGAGCGUCCCGUCAAAACACCAAAGAAGAAGAGGAGGGCUGGUGACGAUGAUGAUGCGAGCGAUGUCGAGGGUGGCGUUGCCCCAUCUAGUGGACCACGAAGAAAGAGCGAUCGACGAAGUACUGUACACAAGAGCUAUGUCGAGGUAUCGAGCGAUGAGGAAGACAAUGGAGCUGGUGCUCAAGAAGUCCAAGAAGAAGAGGAGGUGGAAGAAGAGGAGGUGGAAGAAGAGGAGGAAGAAACCAAUGCAUCAGACGCAGAAGGAGCCGAUAAGUCUACUCCCGCUGCCGAAGAAGACGUAGAGAUGGACGAUGCAGAAGUCGAGGAUGAGAAAGAGCAAGAAGCUGCCGCGGAAGAGUCUGAUCUUUCAGACCCGGAGCUGUCCCCGUCCCCAGAGCCUGAGCCUGAGCCUGAGCCUGAGCCUACACCAGCAAAGAGGGCUACACGAGGAAGAGCCGCAGCUAAGACGAACGGCACCAAAUCUUCACCAGCUGUCCAGAAACGCAAAGCUGCCGAACCGGUCAGGGAAGCCACACCACCCAAGUCUGCGAAGAGUGCGACCAAAGCCAAAGCGAGCAAGGCAAAGGUGAAUGGUGCUGCAGCGGUUUCUUCACCUACUCCCGCUACCAACGGUACUCCCAUUGUCCGACGCAGUGGCCGCGCUCGUGGCUGA